CUCAGUCGUCGGUAACCGGCUCUGAGGUCCGGGCCUUUUUCUUUGCCUUCUGAUGCCAGUAAAACUGAAAACAAAUUAAAAGCUAUGAGCUCGUUCAAAACGAGCUUAUUUGGAGGCAGAAGGAUGUUUUUGAUUCUCCUCGUUUCUCUCCCAUUUUUUGGGAAUUUGCUAGUCUCAGAAGUGUCUGCACAUGGAAGACUGAUUGAGCCGCCAUCAAGAGCCUCAAUGUGGAGGUUCGGAUUUGGCACUCCCGAAAAUUACAACGACCACGAAUUAUAUUGUGGUGGUUACAGCAGGCAAUGGAAUCGAAAUGGUGGAAAAUGUGGAAUUUGCGGUGACCCCUGGGACAUGAAAAAGCCUCGACCUCAUGAGACCGGAGGAACAUAUGGGAAGGAUGUGAUUGUGAGGAGGUACAGAACAGGAUCCGUUAUUCCAGUGCGAGUCGAGUUAACUGCGAACCAUUACGGAUAUUUCGAGUUUCGAACAUGUCCCAUGACCUAUAAAGGAACCGAAGUCACUCAGGAGUGUCUCGACAAGUACCUUCUUCGAGGAGAAAACGGCACAAUUCGUUAUUACCCCGCUCCCGGAAAUGGCAUUUUUGAAAGCUACUAUAAACUUCCGGAAGGUCUCACUUGUGCCCAGUGUGUUUUUCAAUGGCGAUAUGUCGCCGGAAAUAAUUGGGGCAAAUGCGAAAACGGCACUGGUGCAGUAGGUUGUGGUCCUCAAGAAGAGUUCCGAUCAUGUGCCGAUAUCGCGAUCGGUGACCAUGAAGCCACUUUACCCCCAAGACCCGAAACCCCAACGACUCCCUCGACGAAAGACUCGUCGACGGAGCCAGCCUUCGUGCCCGAAUAUUCCGCACCCUUGUGGCUCUACAGCCUCAUUAUCGCCGGUACGUGCUUCUUGGUUGCCAUUGCUGCUCUGGCCUUGCUUUACACCUACUACUAUCACGCCGGUAGGGCCAAAAAGUGGCUCAUGGCAAGAAGAUUCCUGGCACCCGAACCUCCACCGGUUGCUCCGCCACGACAUAAAAAACACUUCGCGAAUGCACAAUUACAACUGUAAUUAUCUCGCCUCCGCAAUCAUUUAGCUAUCAAUUAUUUGUCUAUCAAUCGAUUCAAAAUCGGCAUAAAUACUCCCCCGAGCGAGGAAAAUCCAGUGUUGGGAAAUUACGAAAUACCCUAAAAAGUUGAAGUUACAGCAACUUAGUUACUUUUUAAAAAGAAUUAGCUUGUUUUCAGAUAAAAAAAACCCAGAUGAAAAUAUCCAAUAUUCAAGUGAAUUGAUGAAAACACGUGAAAAUCCACAUGAAAAUUUAAACUUUAUUCCAUGUGGACAAUUUCAAACCUUCACGUGAUUUUUCCCAUUGCUGGAUAAUUUCACGUGGAAACCAACAUUAAUUACCGAAUUAAAAUCCACCUGAAAUUUCACAUGAACUGUUCAAAAUUCCAUGUAGAUUUCUACGUCGUUGGAUAAAUUCACAUAAAUUUCCAUAUUUUCAUGUGUCCGGAUAAAUUUACGUGGAAAUCCACGUGACGGGUUUCAAAUUUCAAUGUGGAUUUUCACGUAGUUUGAUCAAUUUACGUAAAUUUUUACGUGAUAUUCCAUGAGGAUUUCCACGUGGAUAGAUUAAUUUACGUGGAAAUGCAAGUAAAUUUCCACGUAGAUUUCUAAGUAGCUCGGUAAAGUCAUAUCGAUUUCCACGUGGUUGGCUUAAUUUACGUGGACAUUUAUGUAAAUAUCCACGAGAAAAAUGAACGUUAAAGGUUCAAAUUUUCAUGAAAAGUUUUAAAUUCCUAUGAAGAUUUUCACGUGGUUAGAUAAAUUGACGAGGAAAUUCACGUAAAUUUCCAUAUGAAUUUUCACGUAUUUUGAUUAAUUUACGUAAAUUUUCACCUGAUAUUCCAUGACGAUUUCCACGCGGAUAGAUAAAUUACGUGAAUAUCCACUUAAGAUUCAACGUGGAAAUCUAUUUUCCUUAUUACAUGGUAUUAUAAAGUAACGUGGAAAUGCAAGUAAAUUUCCAUGUAGAUUUCUAACUAGCUGGGUAAAGUCAUAUCGAUUUCCACGUGGUUGGUUUAAUUUACGUGGAAAUCCAUGUAAAUAUCCACGUCAAAGGUUCAAAUUUCCAUGAAGAGUUUCAAUUUUUCAUGAAGAUUUCCACGUGGUUGGAUAAAUUCACGUAAAAAUCCACGUGGAAGGUUUUUAAUUUUCCCCGUGGAUUUACGCGUAGUUUGAUCAAUGUACAUAAAUUUUCACGUGAUAUUCCAUGAUGAUUCCCAAAUGGAUAGAUAAAUUUACGUGAAAAUCCACUUAAAAUUCCACGUGGACAUCUAUUUCCCUUAUCCCGUGCUUGCAUAAAAUAACAUGGAUAUUCAAGUAAAUUUCCACGUAGAUUUUUAAACGGUUGGGAAAAUUCAUGUUGAUUUACAGGUGAAUUUCCACGUGAUUUUAUGUGGAUUUCCAUGUAGUUUGAUAAAUUCAGGUAAAUUUUCCAAAUAAAUUCAAUAUGGAAGGUUUCAAAUUUCCAUGCGAAUUUUCAAAUGGAUAGCUAAAUUAACGUGAAAAUGUAGUUCAAAUUCCAUAAAUACACAUAAAUUUCCAUACGGACUUUCAUGUGUUCGGAUAAAUUUACGUGGAAAUCCACUUGAAAGACUUCAAAUUUCCAUAUGGAUUUCCAUGUAGUUUGAUGAAUUUACGUAAAUUUUAACGGUGUAUAAAAUACAAUAAAACAAAAUGCUUGCAUAAAAUAACGUGUAAAUUCAAGUAGAUUUUCACCUAGAUUUUCAAAUGGUUUUCUAAAAUCAUGUCGGAAUAAAGGUUAAUUUCCAUGUGAUUGGCUUCAUUCACGUGGAAAUAAAUGUACAUUUUACGUAAAAGGAUUAAAUUUUUUUUUAAAUAAAUUAUAUUUUGAUAAAUUCAGAUAAAUUUUCACGUGAAAUUCCAUGUGAAGGGUUUCAAAUUUCCAUAAAAUUUUUCAAGUGGAUGAAUGAAUUCACAUGGAAAUCCACUUCAAAAUCCGCGAGGAAAUCUAUAUUCAUUUCAUCAUUCUAAAAUGAUCUGGAAAUUCAAGUGAAUUUCCCCGUAGAUUCCAAGUGUUUAGGUAAAUUUACGUCCAAGUACAGGUCAAUAACCACGUGGAAAUCCAUAUAAUCAAUUAAAAUUAAUUAAUUAAAAUCCACGUGAAAGGAGUAAAAUUUCCAUGUGGAUUUCCACGAAGUUUGAUAAAUUCAGGUAAAUUUUUACAUGAAAUUUAAUGUGGAAGGUUUAAACUUUCCAGAAGAAUUUUCAAGUGGAUGGAUAUAAAUUCACAGGGAAAUCCACUUAAAAUUCCAUGUUUAAAUCUAUAUUCAUUUCCACGCGGUUGGAUAAAAUCACGUCGGAAUCCACGUAAAUUUCAAAGUGGAUUUAAGAGCAGUUGGAUAAAUUCAUGUUAAAAUCAAUAUAAAUUUCCUCGUGGAAAAGCAUGUGGAAUUCCACGUGGAAGUUUUCACAUUCCCUUAUAGAUUUAAACGUGGUUGGAUCAUGUCCCGCAGGAAACCAUGAAAAUUUCCAUAUGGAAGCUUUCAAAUAUCCAAAUGGAUUUCCUCGUGGUUGGAUCUAUUUGCGUUGAAAUCCACGUGAAUUUUCAUGUUUGAGGUUUCAAAUUUUCAUAAAGAUUUCCAAGUGUUUGGAUAAUUUUAUCUAGAAAUCUAUAUAAAUUUCAAUACAAAAUUUCCCUGUGGAAAUCACUGUGAAUUUCCCAAUGGAAAUAACUUUAAAUUUCCAUGUGGAAAUUCAGUUAAAUUACCAUGUCAACUUUCAAAUUUUUAUACGGAUUUUCACGCGGCUGGAUUAUUUCACGUUAAAUUUCCACGUUAAAUGUUUCAAAUUUUCGUGCGGAUUUCUACGCGGUUCCACAAUUUCACGUGGAAAAUCAUCUGAAUUUACACAUGGAAUUCCAUGUGAUUUAAUUAUUUCACGUGGGAAACCACAUAAAAUUCCAUGUGGAAUGUUUUAAAUUUUCGUGUGAAUUUCCACGCAUUUAGAUAAUUUUACGUGGAAAACAUAUAAAUUCACAUGUGGAAAUCUAUGUAAAUUUCCAUAAGGAUAUCUACAUAAAUUUUCACGUGAAAAGUCUCAAAUUUAUAUAUGCAUUUCGUUGUGGUUGGAUUAUUUCACGUGAAAUUCCAACUUGGAUUCACGUAAAAUUUAAGUUUAUUCACGUUAAUUGGCGUUAAUUGACUCUAAAUUUCACUGUUAAAAUAAUUGAAAAUUUCGAUACGGAAAUGCAAAUAAAUUUGUAUGUGCCAAGUUUCAAACUUCCAUAUGGAUUUCUACGUGAUUUGAUAAAAUGUGAGUUUCCUUGUAGAUUCUUACAUGGUUAGAUCUUUGUAACAAUAUACGUGAAAUGUUUCAAAUGUUCACGUGGAAAUCCAUGUAAUAAUGAAUGUGGAAAUCACUGAAAAUUUCACUGUGUUAAUUUAUGUAAAUGUUCACAUGGAAAAUUAAAAAUUUCGAUAUGGAUUUUAACGUGGUUGGACAAAUACUCAUAAAAAUACAGGUUUAUCUCCACGUGGAUUUCCACGUGAAUGAAUGAAAAUUUCUACUUGGAUUUCCACGUGGUUGAAUAAAUUCACGUAGAAAACCGUAAGGAAUUUCACGUCGAAGGUUUCAAAUUUCCAUCUGGAUUUCUAAAUACUUUGGAUAGUUUCACGUUAAUUUCAGCGUGGAAAUCCACGCAGUUUUCAAUGUAGAUUCCCACGUGGUUGAAUAAUUUCUCGUCGAAAUUCACAUGAAUCGAUGCAAAUUGCGAUGUGGAUUUCCACGUAUUUAAACAAUAAAAAAAUGUAAAAAUCCAUUUAGAAUUCCACGUCGAAGGCUUCCAAUUCCCAUAUGGAUUUUACGUAGUUAGAUACAUUUAUGUGACAAUACACAUAAAUUUUCAUGAAAUUUUCAUAGUGGCUGGAUAAAUUCACGUGGAAAUCCAUUUAAGAUUCGACCUUGAAGAUUUCAAAUUUCCAUAUGGAUUUUCACGUGAUUAGAUAAAUUCAAGUAAAAAUCCACAUAAAUUUUCAUGUGGAAUUCUAAGUGGUUGGAUAAAUUCACGUCAAUUUCCACGUGGUUGCAUAAAUUGACGCGGAAAUCCAUGUAGAAUUCCACUUUCUAUAUGGAUUUUCACGUUGUUGGACCAAUUCACGUGAAAAUUCACACCAAUUUUCAUGCGGAAUUCUAAGUGGUUGGAUAAAUUCAAGUCAAUUUCCAUGUGAAAAUUUACGUUAACUUCAAUUAGAAUUUCCAAAGUGGUUAGAUCAAUUUAAGCGAAAAUCCGUUUAGAAUUCCAUGUCGAAGGUUUCAAAUUUCAAUAUGGAUUUUCAAGUAGUUGAAUAAAAUCACGCGAAAAUCCACAUCAAUUUUCAGGUCGAAUUCUAAGUGGUUAAAUAAAUUCACGUCAAUCUCUACGUGGAAAUUUGCGUGAAUUUCUAUUAGAAUUUCAAAAGUGAUUAGAUAAAUUCAAGUGAAAAUUCGUUUGGAAUUCCAUGUCGAAGGUUUCAAAUUUAAAUAUGCAUUUUCACGUGGUAGAAUAAAUUCACGUGAAAAUCCACAUAAAUCUUCAUGUGGAAUUCUAAAUGGAUGGAUAAUUUCACGUUAAUUUCCACAUGGUUGGAUAAAUUGACGCGGAAAUCCAUGGAGAAUUCCACUUUAAAGGCUCCGAAGUUCUAUAUGGAUUUUCACGUGGUUGAAUAAAUUCACGUGAAAAUCCGUUUAGAAUUCCAUGUCGAAGGUUUCAAAUUUCAAUAUGGAUAUUCACAUAAUUUGAUAGAUUCACGUGGCGAUACACAUUCAUUUUUAUAUUGAUGGAAAAAUUCACGUCAAUUUCCACGUAAAUUUCACUGCGAAUUUCCACGUGGUUAGAUAAAUUCACGUGGAAAUCCAUUUAAAAUUGAACCUUGAAGGUUUACAAUUUUCAUAUGGAUUUUCAAGUAGUUGAAUAAAUUCACGUGAAAAUCCGUUGAGAAUUCCAUGUCAAGGGUUUCAAAUUUCAGCAUGGAUUUUCACGUGGCAAUUCACAUUAAUUUUCAUAUUGACUUUCAAGUAGCAGCGAAAAUUAACGCCAAUGUUUACGUGGAAAUCAACGUCAAUUUUUACGUGGAAAUCAACGUAAAUUUCACUACGAAUUUCCACUUGUAAAUCAAUUUAAUAUUCGACGUUGAAGGUUUUAAAUUAACAUAUGCAUUUUCACGUGAUUGGAUAAAUUCACGAGAAAAUCUACAUAAAUUUUUAUAUGGAAUUCUAUGUAGUUGAAUAAAUUCACGUCAAUUUCCACGUGGAAAUUUACGUCGAUUUCAGUACGAAUUUCCACGUGGUUGGAUAAAUUGACUUGGAAAUCCAUUGAGAAUUUCACUUUAAAGGUUUCCAAUUUCUACAUAGAUAUUCACGUCAUUGGAUAAAUUCACGUGAAAAUCCACAUAAAUUUUCAUUUGGAAUUCUAAGUUGUUGGAUAAAUUCACGUCAACUUUCACGUGAAAAUGUACGUAAAAAUCCAUAUGAAUUUCCACGUGUUUGGAUAAAUUCACGUGAAAAUCCACAUAAAUUUUCAUGUGGAAUUCUAAGUGGUUGGAUAAAUUCACGUCAACUUUCACGUAGAAAUUUAAAAUUCUACUUUAAACGUUUCGAAUUUCCACAUGGUUGGGUAAAUUCACGUGAAAAUCCAUAUACAUUUUCACGUGAAUUUCCACACAGUCGUCUAUAUAAAUAAAAAAUAUCCAUAAAUCUAAGCGAAAAUUAAAGUAAAAUUCCACGUAGUGAGUUACAAAUGUCCAUAUGGAUUAUUAAAAGUUUGAAAAACUCGUGGGAAUUCACGUAAAUUUCAACAUUACAAAUUUCAAAAUUUCCUUGUAGAUUUCAGCGUUGUGUGGUAAAUUUGCGUGGAAAUACUUAAGGAAAAUUUAAAAUUUCUAUAUAGAUUUCUACGCAGUUGAAUCCAUUUAUGCGGAAAUCUUGGUAAAUAUUUACUUAGAAGGAUUCAAAUUUUCCCGGUUCAGAUCAAUUCACGUGGAAAUCCACCUAAAAUAAUAGACUGAAAUACAUGUGGAUAUUUUCACCUAGAAAAACUUCAGAAAAAUGUUCGUUUGGUUUCUUAUUUAUUUAUAAAAUAAAUUUAUGAAUACUAUAAUUUACUAUUUAUCAAAAAAAGCCCAAAAUACUCUUUCCACAAACAAACAAAAAAUUAAAAGAACUGAAAAGUACUUUGGUCACCUAUAACUGUAACUUAAUUUUAAAAUUUUGUAUCAUUUAACGGUAACGAGUUACUUUUUUGAAGUAUUUCUUUUUUUUAAACUUGCCCAAAACUCGGAAAAUCAUCCCUGAAAAUUAAGAAAAUAAUUUGAAAACUUAGGUCUAGAUUAGUAGAUAGAAUUAGAAUGUAAAAUUUAAAAUGCAGCACGCUUUUUCCACCAAAGUCGGAACCGAGUGCUAAGCUUGACUCAGAACGUAUACAUAUUUUUAAGUUUUAGAUACGUAAUCCUGUACAUAAGACUGUAUUUAUAUUAAACGUAUUUAUUUUGUA